CGGAGCUCUCCCAGCCUCUUUUACUGCUCGUGCUCAGGCUGGGAACCAGAGCCGCUCUUCGGUUCAUUCUUAAUCUUUGUCGAACACCCGUUAUGGACCCGGACGGCUUGCCCUGAAACGACUCCAUUAAUUUCUUUUUGCGGGGGUUGGGUGUUAUUUCUUUAUCUGACGGAGCUCGAAUGGACGUCGCGGUACUGGAGGAGUGGGAGGAAGAAGCCUCCGUGUCUUUGAGUAGCCUGCCCGGAGCGGAGUGGCAUGUUGGAUCCGACCGUGUCGGCUGAGUGGAAGUGGAGGUGGCGGCCAGAGGAUAAAAGUGAAGUUUAGCUUCGCGUUUUCUUCUCAUUCCCCCCUCCACCACACUAAAGUCCCACCGGCGGGUUCCCACACACCGUUUCCCGAUGAGAAGCCCUCGCCCGUGGGGAGGCUGCGCGAUGGUGACCGUGACGAUGAGUAAGAGCGCCGAGUGGCUGCAGGAGGAGCUGGAGUCCGGAGCCGCCGCGCUUCUGCUGCUCGACUGCCGGCCGCACGAACUCUACGAGUCGUCGCACAUCGAGGCGGCCAUCAACGUGGCCAUUCCAGGCCUUAUGCUGCGCAGGCUGAAGAAGGGCAACCUGCCCAUACGCUCCAUCAUUCCCAACAACGAGGACAAGGAGAAGUUCGUCAAGCGCUGCAAAAGCGACGUGGUGCUGCUGUACGACGAGGCCGGCCCCGAGCGACUGGAGUCCGGGCUCGGGACCUCCGUGCUGGGGCUGCUCCUGCAGAAGCUCCGGGACGACGGGUGCAAGGCUUUCUAUCUGGAAGGAGGUUUCAGUAAGUUCCAGUCGGAGUUCCCAGAACAGUGCGAGACCAAUUUGGACUGUUCGUGCCCCAGCAGCUCCCCGCCAUCCUCUGUCCUCGGCCUGGGAGGCCUCCGCAUCAGUUCCGACUGCUCGGACGGAGAGUCGGACCGCGAACCGGGCAGCGCCACCGAGUCUGAGGGCAGCCCGCUGCCCAGCAACCAGCCGGCAUUCCCCGUCCAGAUCCUGCCGUAUUUGUACCUGGGCUGCGCCAAGGACUCGGCCAACCUGGACGUACUCAGCAAGUACAACAUCAAAUACAUCCUCAACGUGACUCCCAACCUGCCCAACAUGUUUGAACACGAAGGCGACUUCAAGUACAAACAGAUCCCCAUCUCUGAUCACUGGAGCCAGAAUCUCUCGCAGUUUUUCCCAGAGGCCAUUUCGUUCAUCGACGAGGCGCGCUCCAAAAAAUGCGGCAUUCUGGUGCAUUGCCUGGCCGGCAUCAGCCGCUCGGUGACCGUGACGGUGGCCUACCUGAUGCAGAAGCUCAACCUGUCACUCAACGACGCCUACGACUUCGUCAAGCGGAAGAAGUCCAACAUUUCGCCCAACUUCAACUUCAUGGGUCAGCUGCUGGACUUUGAGCGGACGCUGGGGCUGAACAGCCCGUGCGACAACCACGCCGCCUCGCCCACCAACGAGCAGCUCUUCUUCACCACGCCCACCAACCACAACGUGUUCCAACUCGACACGCUGGAGUCCACGUGAGGUCCGCACGGGAGUGCCACCCCUGUAUCUUUUGGGUUGAGGUGAUCCGGUUACCACGGUAACCACGUGGUUGCGCAGGAGGCGCUAGUAGCCGCUUUGAUGAAUGUUUUAGCUCCGGGAAGCUCGGAGCACGGGAAAGUCGAGGUCGCAGACGGCACCUCGUAAGCGGCAAGUUUUUUAGAAAGCGAAGGACCGCUUUCAUUAAGCCAAGGAGACUUCUUCAUACAAAGAUUUUUUUGGGAGUGGUAGGUGGACACGGGGACACAAAAUGCGCCCCAUUUGCCAGGUGACUCCCUCAUAACCGCAGCAUGUGGAGUCUUUGGAAAAUGUCUCUACUGAAUGUAGAGUUUUUAAAAACCAAGGAAUUUACACACACAUUUGUACUUAUGUGCUGUUAUAGCAGGAAGAAAUGUCUAUAUGCAUUUUUAUUAUUUUUUUAAUGAUUAUUUUUGUGUGCUUUUAUGCAUCUAGUCCAUGUUCGCUCUCUCCCACUCUCUCUCUGUGUAUGCAUAUAUAUAUAUAUAUAUAUAUAUAUAUAUAUAUAUAUAUAUAUAUAUAUACAUACACACACACACACACACACAUAUAUAAAAUAGUAACUUUGUCCAAAAACAGUGAGAUUGUAAAAUCAAUGAAAGGGAAAAGUGGGGACGUUGUCUUUGGUGGUCCGAUGCAGUUUGCACAGUUGUGUAGCCAAUGGCAAUGGUUUGGCACUGACAUGCAGCUACGAAAGAAACAAUGGUGGCGAGGAGAGGCCAGUCCUGAGGUGAUCUGCUAAAAGGACCAAAGCUUAGGCCUCCGUUUGACUUUUGACCAGCUGUAGUUCACAUUUUGCUACAUCCUUCCCAACGCCGUAUAACCAGAAGUACCGGUUGUUUUGUUUUUUUCGCAACUUCCUGCUUUGUAUCAUCGUGCCAUAAGCGAGGCUUUGCCAAACCAGUUUUUCCAACAUCGCCGACUUUUUUGGGUGGAAGGCAGCAGUUGGCUUAUCUUGGCAACCUUUGGCAAAGAAGUGCCUCCUUUCUUGAAUAUGUACAACCCCCUUUUUACACACCAUGUUAAAGCCAAGUCUUACGUCUGGUUUGACAUAGAAAUGGGGUGGGGGGGGGGGGGGGCUUUGGAGGUUGUAUUAGAGCCGUAACAUGAGUCCACUUAGAAGUAGUAUCGCAGUCAUAACAGAGGUGGGUCAGUGCCUUUAUGUUGGGGAAGACCAUUACACCGUGUUACGGGAGUGACGUUUUAACAUCCGACAAUCACUCCCCUCUGCCCUGUUGUGUGAAAAGCGAUUUGUCCAACACAUUUUAUACAUCGGGCGGCACUCUGACAUCAUCUUUUUUGCUGGAUGCUAUUUGAAAGAGGCAACCGUGGCAUUAUGGGUACUGUGAGAGAAGCUUAAGUUACAGCUCCAAUGCGGCCAUUUUGAGGCUCUUCUCAUGUCAAUCUGAACUUGGGCAUGGAAGAGGCCCACUGGUUUUCAAUGAACAUUUUCUCAUUCACCCUUAAGCCUUGAGUGUAUAUUGGAUAUAAAUACAUACAUAUACAGUAUAUCUCUAUAUUACAGCGUGAAUAGUAACCAGAUCUAUAUUGUUUUUUUUAUACCUGAGCAUGCUGCGGUACUGUAUGACUCAGCCACUAGUUGGAUGUUGCUUUAAAAAAAAAAAAAGAAACAACAAGGACUGUUGUUGUUAGUUUACUAAAUGAAGGAUUUUGACUGAGGUCAACUCCCACUGCCGAUUCAAGAUGGACACACCACACCCCGUUUUUUGUUUUUGUUUUUUUUUUAACCAGUAGCGGGAGCGAAGUGUGUAGCUUUUGCCUGAACGUGUGCUGAAUCUCAUGCAAGAACUUUCAUUUUGUUUUGGUUUUAACAUUUUUACUCGAUUUGGUUCAUUUAGAUUUGGCAUAUGAUACAUGACUGGCUACAUCUUAGCAUAUUGAGCGAUGUUAGCUAAAUUGGGCGAUGUUAGCUUAAUUGGUGGCUGUCAAAAUAGGGAAAAAAUAUUAAAUUGGUUAAAUUCUAGAUGUUAUUAUGUCUUAUGUUACUGAAGCACAUAAGUGGAUUUUGAAUGUAAAGGCUGAAAAAGAACAGCUUUCCAUUUGUUCCAGUAUUUCAUUUUUGACAUUACCACAGACUUUGGCACAAUAUGUUCUGUAGUGACGUUAGCUAUUUUAUCCACAUAAUGCUAGCUAAGAAAAAAAAGGCACUUUUUUGGGGAUUGUAACAAAUGCGCCCAAAAUUCCAAACAUUCUGAUUCCACUGCAAUUUGUUAAUGAAAAUUACAACAGCAACUUUGUUGUCAAUUUCUUGCAUGAGGUUCAGUGUCUGUAAACUGAACGAGUUGUGUUUAGCGGUCGGUUGUGAGCAGGGUUGGUCUCAACUGGCCUUACGAACUCUUUCUAACACUGACUGUUGAAAAUCUUUUUAUCUCAAUUUUAACAAGAAUGCUGUGUAAGCAGAAUGCAGUAUUUUCUUUCCACUGCCACGGGUCACACAUGGUUGUCUUUUUACUGUGCAGUACACCAGGACUCUUUCUGUGUAGAAAAAAAAGACAUGAAAUGUGUCCUUUUGUACUGUAUUGAUGAAAUCAUAGUGCGUUUUAUUGACGCAUUUGCUUCAUGGCCGCCGCUUGCCCCAAUCAGAUUUUUUUUAAACAUGUUUUAUUUUAUUUUUUUGUAGUCUUGUCAAGAGCAUAAUUACCAAAUGGCGCUUGAGAUUGGGCAUAAUUCUUUCUCAUUUGCAUUGGCUCAUUUAUUAAAAGUAAGGAUUUAGUCAUUGACUAAUCUUCACUAUAAGAUAAGAAAACCUUUAUUUGUCUCACAAUGUAGAAAUUCCCACUGGCAACAUUAUUGCUGUGGAAACAGGAGUUCAAGAACUAUUAAAUCAUAUUGAUAAACAAAUUAAUUGUUCAACCUUUACCCAAUCAAGGAAAUGUAAUCUAAUGGCCAUUAAGGUCCAAUUCUGUCUUGUUCAGUUUUAAUGUGCUCUAUGCUAUUCCUGUGGCCUUUUAAUGUUAAUAUAUAUACAAUAUAAAUAUAUAUUGAAUAUGUUAUGACUUGAUAUGCAAAUGUUGUUGUUCUACUACAGCACUAGAGUGGAAAAUGAAACCCACACCCCCAAAAAAACACUUAACAAUGUUGGACUCCAUUUCAGUACGCAGCUUUCAUUUUGUAAAACUGUUGUUUCCGAGCUGCUCUUCCUAUGUGUUCUUUUCAUUUCUUCUUUAAAAAAAAUAUAUAUAACAAUGGAGGAGAAAAAAAACGUGUGUGUGUGGGGGGGGGGGGGGUGGCAGGGACACGUGCACGCUGCCACAUCACGGGAACGGGCGUUUCUGUGUCCUUAACAACUUGUAGCCACAUCUAGGUGUCAAUGUGCUCAGGACGGGAAGGUACUAUUCAAUUGUAUAAAGUAAAAAGGAAAGUCAAUGAUUUAAAAAAAAUGGUGACCUCAAUGAGGGAAUUUUCAGGGAUUUUUAUUUGGGGACAUACAUCGUGUUGCAUUGAAUGGCCAUUUUUUUUUGAAUGGUCAAUUUGUAUUGUGCUGUUUUUAACACAACAAGCAAGCGUGUGGGCGAGGGAAGGAGGCAGGGCACGUUGGAGAAAAAAAAACACCAUUGGCCCAAUGUAUUGUACUGUACAGUGUACUGAAAACCACAAGACACUUGUUAUACUGUAAUAAAUAUUGACAUAUUUUUUCUUUA